GAAGUAAAAUAUUGCUGUUAGACAGGGGGUAAGGAUCCAAAUCUCCGCUGUGUGGAGGCCUGCAGAUGUCUGUGGCGUCAGAAAAGCAGUCUUAAUGAGACUUAAUGAGAAGAUGGGUGCUAAGAUUCAAGAGGAACUGGAAAUAUAUUCAGAAUAGAAGGAGCCUGCAUUAGGAAAACAGAUUUAUCUAGAUAGAUCCAUGUGUGCCUAAAGCUGAAGUGUACACUUAUGUAUGUGUAAUAUGCAUGUGUAAAAAUAAAAGUUUUAAACCAAAACUGAGGAAAACUUAUAGGUGAAGAAUGGAGGCAUAUAGGUGAAGAAUGUGAAGUUUGCUAUGAGAUAGCCUCUGUUUGGAGAGGGCCAUCCUUGUGGCAUUAACAAUGCUGUUAAUACAUCUCCGGGAUACAGUACUUGGAGUAUCAGAAGCAGUGGAAGCUCAGAUACUGUAGUGACAGAGCCUACAGGUGGCCUAAGGAUGGGAUAGCAUCUAUGUGCACGACGGGUGCUGGUUGUUAAAGGCCGCCUGUGACAGGAAAUAGCACAGGACCUCGUGAAUUGGUGCUCCUGGCCUAAAUAGGAAGAGCGUAGAUGAAGGCUGCGUGGUUCAAGGUGUUGACUGGCUGUCAUAUGUUAAAGUAGAGCAGAGAAGCGUUGUUUCAGGAGCAGUAAAACCAGGGGCGUCUGUGGGUAAUUCUCCAUAGUAGAUCUUCAUGAAAGAAGAAAACAGUUUCUAAGGGGGAGAGGCACUCAGAAGUGUAAAAUACUUGCAGGUGGCAUGUAAUUCUUCAAAGGCAGCAUAACAGAGGCUCAAAGCACUUGCAUGGCAUCUGCCAGCAAUACCACAAGAGCUGAAGAAGCCAGAAAGCAAAGUGGAGUGGUUCAGCAGAGGUAAAAAGACAUCUUUCAGCAAGUUAAUGUUUUGUGCUCAGUGAGAAGGAUGGAAAAGAAUGUAAUAUCUGUGUUAAACAUAAUAAGGUAGGCCAAACAGAGUCAUGGAGCGAGUUGCUAGAAGCAUGAAAACAAACAGUAAAUCCUCUUUGAAGUGCAUCAAAAGCAGGAAGUCUGCUGAUAAAUGAUCCAUGUGCAGAAGGAGUGCUCGAGGAAGAUAAAGUCGCAACACAAGACUGAAACAAGGUCUUUGAGUCGUGUGCAUUAGGAAGAGCUUGGAGAGGUUCUUUUGUUGGAGGCUUUUUACUGUUUUAAGGAGUCAGCGUGUUUGGGGUUUGCCCUCCAAUAGGUGUGACUGUCUAAAGGGGUAUCAAUAAACUGCUGGAAACAGAGGGUGAGAUGGAGGAGGUGAUGCUUAAAAUGCGAAGUUGCUACUGCAUUCCGUGGUGUGUGUCACUUGUUGCUUAGAGCUGGCCUUGGUGUUCCAGGAAUAGAAGGUGACAAAUCUCUUGUCAGUUGUUCAAGUUUUCUGUGGAGACGGAAAGCUCUAGGGCAGUUGGUUCUGUGUUUGUUUGUUUGCCAGAAGUUAGUGAAUGGGAUUAGUAAGCGGGAGGUAUAAAUGUGAUAUCUUGACGAAGAAUAGGCCUGGCUUUUGUUGAGGAGACUUUGUGCGUCACCAGUCUUGUGGGGUUUGUAAAGGUGUUGUUGAGCUGUUGUUGAGAUCUCCUUGAUACCGCCCUUCCCUGAGUAGGGCUGGUCUCAGUGUGGGAUCAGGUUGCUCUGAGCCCAUGCCUGCUGGAUGGAAAGGGGGUGCUGGUUGUCCCUGCUGGUCAGCGGGUGCAGGAGGGGCUGGGUGGUCGUAGAACAAGUUUGCUUGUUGGACUCACCUGUUGUUCCCUGUAGUAAAACCCCAAAGGCCAAGCUGCAAAGCCUGCAGAAGGAUCUUGUUAUAUUGAAAGCCCAGCUGUAAGGCUGCAGAUGAAAUUCAGAACAGACAGAUGAAAUGUAAUGCACAUGGAAGGGAAUGUAGUCUUAACUUUAUAUACAGGAGGGAAGCUUGAACUGACUGUUUUUACUGGGGAAAAGAUCACAGGACGAAGGUAAUCCUAUGAAAAAAAUAAGCUCUGUGCCCAGCAGUGGCUCAGGAAACAGAAGGCGGGUUAGGAAUUAUUAGGAAGGAGUAAAACAUGGAAAAGUAAGCACCAUCAUGCCACCAUAAACCCCUGUUGCUCCCCUCUCCUGAACAGCAUUAACGGUUUCUGUUUCCCCAUCUCAGAAAGGGUGCAGUGAAACCGGCAGAGCUGCAGAGAAAGGCAUUGAGGACAAUCAGGUGGAUAGAACAGCUUUUGUGAAAGACUGGGGCGCCUCAGCUUGGCCAGGAGAUGGUUGAGGAGGAUAUGGGAAUGUUCCUUGAAAUCACCAGUAUAAUAAGAAGAACGAACAGGCAGUGGGGAACAGAUCAAAGGUGACAAGAAUAGCAGAGCAGAGAAGUUAAGAAUGAUGCAGAGAACGCAGAUGUGAAGAACAAAGGAGAGAGGAAGGAGCUGAGCCUGGUGUAGUGGGGGAGAGAAGAAGAAGCCUAAAUCUCCUUCCAGCGCAGGUAACAAUGCCUGUCGAAAGAAUGCGGAUGCGCCCAUGGCUGGAAGAACAAAUAAAUUCUAACACAAUACCGGGGCUGAAAUGGCUAAAUAAGGAGAAGAAGAUAUUUCAGAUUCCCUGGAUGCAUGCUGCAAGACAUGGGUGGGAUGUUGAAAAAGAUGCUCCCUUAUUUAGAAACUGGGCAAUUCACACAGGAAAAUACCAGUCAGGAGUAGAUAAACCAGACCCAAAGACAUGGAAGGCAAACUUCCGGUGUGCUAUGAACUCUCUGCCUGACAUAGAAGAAGUGAAGCACAGAAGUAUAAAGAAAGGAAACAAUGCCUUCAGGGUGUACCGGAUGCUGCCGUUAUCCGAAAGACCUUCCAAAAAAGGAAAAAAAACGAAGUCUGAGAAGGAUGACAAGUUCAAACAAAUUAAGCAAGAGCCAGUUGAAUCAUCUUUUGGGAUUAAUGGGCGAAAUGAUGUUACUUCUGACUAUUUCCUGUCCUCCAGUAUAAAAAACGAAGUUGACAGUACAGUGAACAUUGUAGUUGUAGGACAGCCGCACCUUGAUGGCAGCAGUGAGGAGCAGGUGAUAGUUGCCAAUCCUCCAGAUGUUUGCCAGGUGGUAGAGGUGACAACAGAAAGUGAUGAGCAGCCUCUCAGCAUGAGCCAGCUGUACCCCCUACAGAUCUCCCCUGUCUCGUCCUAUGCAGAAAGUGAAACGACCGACAGCGUUCCAAGCGAUGAAGAAAAUGCAGAGGGACGACUUCAUUGGCAGAAGAAAAACAUUGAAGGCAAACAGUAUCUCAGCAAUCUGGGAAUGCGGAACACUUCUCAUAUGCUUCCCAGCAUGGCUACUUUUGUAGCCAACAAGCCUGACCUCCAGGUCACCAUCAAAGAAGAAAGCUGCCCGCUGCCUUACAACAGCUCCUGGCCCCCUUUCCCAGACAUCCCUCUGCCACAAGUAGUGUCCACAGCCUCCACGAGCAGCAGCCGGCCAGACCGCGAGACACGGGCUAGCGUCAUCAAGAAGACGUCAGACAUCACCCAGUCAAGAGUCAAGAGCUGCUAAGCCUUUGACAGUGUGUUUUUUAGCUUUGUUUUGUUUGGUUUUGUAUUUUACGUUUCUCUAGGAGAGGUUCAACCCUUGACGCACAUUAGACAAAUCUAAGGUAAAGAAAGCCUUGGCAAUAUAAAACAUUGCUGUGUCUGACUCCAGUGCCGGAGUGUUUUUAACUCAGGACUCCAGCCGUCAGUGUGUACAUCUGAACCCAGGUGGACUUGCAAGGUUGCUACGUAGGAAAAUAAAACAAGAACUUUGGCCCACUUGCAGGUUUCAGUGUUUCAUAAGAGGACCAACUGACCACAAGGGAAGUGGUGCUGCUGCGCUUCUUGCUGUCAAGGCUGUGAUGGAACUGAAAGCCUCAGAAUGGAAGAGAAAAUGUGAACUAGCUGGAAUAUUUUUAAAUAAAAAAAAAAAAAUUCUAUUGUGAAUAUUGUACAUAGUGCAGUACUAGCAACGUUGCAGUCUGCUUCUGCACCUUAUUAAGAAAGCACUUACAAAAGGCCUUUUAUUACCUUGCUCUACUUAAUGGCACAUUGAAGGUCCCUCCCCACCUGUAUUCUUUUCCAAGGCUAUUCUUGCUAACGUGUCUUUAAAGAAUAGUGGAAAGGAAAGAAAGUUAAAACUUCCCAUGUGGAUUUCAUACAUUUUAAGACUGCUUUUCUCGUGUUUGUUUUCUAAUCUGCUAUGCUUGAAUGCCGCGUGGUACAAUAGGGAAAAAAGAAACUAUUACAGAGAUGUUAUGCAAAUUCCCAGAUUUAAGAAAAAAAAGAAGAAUACUCUAAUUCUAACCAGAGCAAGCUUUUUUAUUUUUUAUACAGGGGAAUAUUUUAUUCAAAAUAAAAUUCUAAAGUGAAUAUAAUUUUUUUUAAUCUUUUCUACAGCAAAUUUAUAAUUUUAAGAUUCAAUCCUUGGUUAUCAGCAGUUAUUACAUCCUUGUGGCACAUUUGUUUUUGUUUUUUUUUAAUUUUGUAAAGGUGAAAUAGCUUUUAUGAGCUCAUGUAGCAAUCAGAUUAUCCUGUGGAUUGAUAAUAAAUAUGGUAUAUAGUUAAAUUUUUAAUAA